AUGCCUGGAGAUUUACCCACUUACGAAGAAGUACUAAAAGAAGAUGCCCAGCGGGUACAGAGUUCGCAAUCCGCUCCUGCGCCAACUUCCCCACCACCUAGACCCGCUCGACCCGCUAGACCCAGUUCUUCGAAACCUACGGGACAACUACCGAGACCUACGCAUCCAGCAGCUCCUGCACAGCCCAAUCUUCCUUGGAGGUAUCCACACGGAUACCAUUGCAGUAAGUGUAACAAUUCAGGAUACAAAUUGAAGAACGGACGAUCGUGUAAAUCGUGUUGGCGUCGAUUUGCUCCACCAAACAAUUCGAAUAGCGUUCCAGCACUUACCUACGGCAGGUCCUAUCCAUCCAGCUCCUACGGAAUAAGGCCCAUGUUCCAGGGCUCUGCUCCCAUCGCGCAGCCAUAUAACUCAAUGGGACAGCCUAUAGUGGUAUCUCCAGGUGACCCACGGCUUGGAGGAGUUCUAUGUGGUGAAUGUAGAGGUACUGGAAGAGUUACAUUCCUAUUUGAUGAAGAUAUAUGCCCACUUUGUCGAGGUAUUGGAAGAUUAGUGGCUUGA